AUGCGAAUGAAACAAGUUUAUCUUAGGCCAGCUGACUGGAAAUGUUGGUACCACCUCCACACCCCCAUGUACUUCUUCCUGGCCAACCUGUCCUUUGUAGACUUCUGUUUCACCUCCACCACCAUCCCGAAGAUGCUUCUGAACAUCCAGACUCAGAGCAAGGUCAUAACCUAUGCAGGCUGCAUCAGCCAGAUGUAUUUUUUCAUACUCUGUGCAGAGUUGGAUGACCUUAUCCUGUCUGCAAUGGCCUAUGACCGAUUUGUGGCCAUCUGUCACCCCCUGCAAUACACCAUCAUCAUGAGCCCCCAGCUCUGUGGAUUGCUUGUUCUAGUAUCCUGGAUCAUCAGUGUUCUGAACUCACUGUUACAAACCUUAAUGGUGCUGCCACUGUCCUUCUGCACAGGAAUGGAAAUCCCCCAUUUUUUUUGUGAACUCAAUCAGGUCCUCAGGCUUGCCUGUUCUGAGACCUUUCUUAAUGACACGGUGAUGUAUUUUGCAACUGUGCUCCUUGGUGGUGCUCCCUUGGCUGGGAUCCUUUACUCUUACUCUAAGAUAGUCUCCUCCAUAUGUGGGAUCUCAUCAGCUCAGGGCUGUGCAUCUCACCUCUCAGUUGUCUCCUUAUUUUGUUGUACAGGCCUCGGAGUGUACCUUAGCUCUGUUGCUACCCAGAGUUCCCACUCAAGUACAACAGCCUCGGUGAUGUACACGGUGGUCACGCCCAUGCUGAACCCCUUCAUCUACAGCCUGAGGAACAGAGACAUAAAGAGGGCUCUGAAAAGAAUCGUUGGGAUUCCAGUGAUGUAAGGACCAAUCUUCCUGGGGCUAAAGAUGUGCCCAUGAUUGCAGGGCUCAAAGCCUCAG